ACAGUCUAUAGUCGAUCAACCCCAAAACAGCACGUCUUCGAUGGUGCAUCUAAUAAUAACAACAUAAAACGUAUUUGUACAAUUUCGCAGAGUAAGCGUCCAUCGGAGUUGAGUUGAAAAGCUAUCGAUAACUGCUGGGGCUGGUUCACUAUCAGGACAAACUCACCCAUACCACACGGCUACGACAACGGGCAAACAUUGAAACUGGCAGCAAUAAAAACUUUUAACUCAAACAGAGCUGCUAUAGAUAAAGUUAGACGGUUCCAAGCAUACUGCUAGCAGUAGCGUUUCAUAACUGGUGGCGGCAAGAACGAGAGCAAGUGUGAAAGCGAUCGUUAGCAGCAUUCGUUUAAAAGCAGCAUAAGAUGGCUAGCAAAUCCGACAAUCUAACCGCCGUUCUGUACGGUAUCGAGGAUCUUCGACUGGAGCAGCGUCCGAUUCCUGUUCCGAAAGAUGAUGAGGUACUGCUGGAAAUGGACAGCGUGGGAAUUUGUGGCUCGGAUGUACACUAUCUGGUGAAAGGAAGAAUCGGUGAUUUUAUCGUAAAGAAACCAAUGGUCAUCGGCCAUGAAGCGUCAGGCAUCGUAUCGAAGGUGGGUGCCAAAGUGAAAACCCUCAAAGUAGGUGAUCGUGUUGCGAUCGAGCCCGGAUAUGGUUGCCGAGUGUGUGAGUACUGCAAGGGAGGAUCGUACAACCUCUGCCAGGAUAUGAUUUUCUGUGCGACACCACCGUACGAUGGCAAUCUCACCCGGUAUUUCGCACACCCGGCCGAUUUCUGUUACAAACUGCCAGAUCACGUGACGAUGGAAGAGGGUGCUCUGCUGGAACCACUGUCGGUCGGUGUCCAUGCAUGCCGGCGUGCUGACGUCGGACUUGGCUCGAAAGUGUUGAUUCUUGGUGCCGGACCGAUCGGUUUGGUGACGCUGAUUGUAGCGAAAUCGAUGGGUGCAGGGAAGGUAGUGGUUACCGAUUUGCUCCAAAAUCGUCUAGAUGUGGCGAAGGAAUUGGGUGCCGAUGAAACGAUAGUGAUUCCGAAGGGUGUAUCAGAAGAGGAUUUGGUUAAGCUAAUCCACGAUCGUAUGGGUGGCGCACCGGACAAAACGAUCGAUUGUAGUGGAGCAGAAGCCACGGCUAGGCUGGCGAUUUUGUCCACAAAAUCCGGUGGUGUAGGUGUCCUGGUCGGCAUGGGCGCCCCAGAGGUGAAAGUACCACUGAUAAAUGCGCUUGCCCGCGAGGUCGAUAUAAGGGGUGUGUUCCGCUACUGCAAUGACUACCCGAUUGCACUGAGCCUGGUAUCAAGCGGGAAGAUCGACGUGAAGCGACUUAUCACCCACCAUUUUAAUAUCGAGGAGACGGCUGAAGCAUUCAACACUACGCGUCACGGGCUCGGUGGGGCAAUUAAGGUAAUGAUUCAUGUCCAACCAAAGGAUAAGAACAACCCGAAAUAGAUCAGAUACAGUGUAAUGAAUAAAAUAAUGCGAUCAAUAAACAAGAUUCAA